CAUUCUGUGAUUCCUCCUCCAAAACAGCCAUGGCUUCGAAAUCAAUAUUCAUUUUUACAAUUUAACACACAUAAAACACCAUAAACGUGAUUAACUGAAUAACAUACGACGAUAUGUGAAAUAUACAACAAGGAAAUUAGAUAAUUUGUAUCAAAAGUUGCUCUUCAAGGUAUUGUUUACAAACUGGCAAGGUCAUUUGACAUAUUUUGGUAAAUAAUAUUGGAAACGUCAUCGUGUCAAUCGAUACCCGCAAAUGUUGCCACACGACAAAUACAACCUCGACCUCGCUAGUUUUUCUUUCUGUGAUAAAAAAAUCGUAGCUUUUAUGUUUUUUCAUUGAACUUGUGAUGUGGCCUUAAAAACUAUAAACCAUUUGUCUGCAUAUUAUUUUAGAAUGUGUAUUGAGUGCGGUGUUACUGAGGUGAUUUUGUAUUUUUGUGUGCGGUUAAUGCAAUAGUGUCAUUGUGAGAUCACGAUGCGUAUCGGUUUCGUGUUAUAUUGGUGCGUAUUUGCUUUUCAUCUGUGUAAAGCGGAAGAUGUGGAGAAGACAGAGAAUAGAGAUAGUGGCAGAAGGCAGCAGUGGGGUCCCGUGGUGCGGAGUGGGUCUUUUAUGAGCGACUCGGCGGUUUCAGCCUCUAACGAACAGAUAUUGUUCGAGGCGUGCCACAAUGAGCCGGCGUGUCUCCAGGACAAGGCUGGCCUCGAAGCCAUCACGCAGCUACACAGGCAGCUUGAUGACGAUGCCAACGGGAACGUUGACCUCAGCGAGAGUGAUGAUUUUCUUCGCGAGGAGUUGCAAUACGACAGCGGGUAUGAGAAGCGGCAGAGGGCGUUCCACCACAAUGAUGAUAUGCACAUCUCCGUCAAGGAGCUCUGGGAAGCGUGGCUAAGAUCUGAGGUUCACAACUGGACGGUGGAGCAGACGGUGGAAUGGCUGUCUCAAUCAGUGGAUCUGCCCCAAUACAAGACUCUGUUCCUGCAACACAAAGUCACAGGCGCUACCCUGCCCAGACUAGCUGUAAACAACAUGCAGUACCUGAGCAACGUGUUGGGCAUCAAAGAUCCGAUUCACAAACAGAAACUUGCACUCAAAGCGAUGGAUGUUGUCUUGUUUGGACCCCCUAAAGGCAGUAGAUGGAAAGACUGGCUCCUCGCGUCGUUGCUGCUCGGUGCGGUGGUCGGUGGGUGGGCGGCUCUGCGCGCUGGUCGCGCCAGCCGUCACCAGGUCCAGCGCAUGCUUCGCGAUAUGGAACAGCUGCGCAAGGCCGAGAUGGCCCUGAAUGAUAUGCAGAAGGAACUCGAGAAAGCUCGUCUUGAACAGGAAAAUGUGACCACAGAAAAAAAGAAUUUGGAAAAGAAACUGAGGGAAGCGGGCGACACUCCUCUUCUGAAUUCGGCGUCAUCUGACCUUGAAGUCACGCAAUUGAAGGCCGAGAUCGAGAUGUUACGCGCUGAGCUUCGUCGAGCUGAGGGUGAGUUGGAAGACAGAUGCUGGGCGCCUCCUCCUGGUCUCCAGCAGUGGCUGCAGUUGACACAUGAAGUCGAGAACAGGGCGUACCUCCGCAAGAAGCAGCAGGCAGACAUGCAGUUGCAGCAAGCGAGAGAAGCAUGUGAGAAAUUAAGGAAGAAACGUUCUAGUUUGGUUGGAGCGUUUGUGUCGACCCAUGGCAAGUCCAUCGAUGAUGUCGACCGGUCUAUCGUAGAGGCACGUACUGCGCUGAACGAGGUCACUCAGGAAUUACAGGAGCGCAUGCACAGAUGGAAGCAGAUCGAGCGCAUGUGUGGGUUUAACAUAAUAAACAACAACGGACUGCAGUAUUUGGAGACAGCGCUCUACAGGAAUGCUAAUGGCCGACCUACAGGACGAGGUCGCAUCAGCAGUUCCCAAGAUGACCUGAGCAUCGGUGAUGAUGCAUCAAUAUGUGGCUCAGGUAAGAACUAUGAUGAAAUGUCUCUAUUCCACGAACACAUCGAGUGAACCCAUUGUAGAAAAGUAGUUGCAUUCAUACUGUUUGAUUACAACAACAUUGUCCGUUUAUUCAAACGAUUUUGAACUCUAAUGCUUAAGUUGUAAAGCAAUUUAUUCUGCUGGUGUUGUAUGUUAAGCUUCGCCGUAUUUAUGCUUGUUUAGAGUUCAAAUUUGCUUGAAUAACGACUUUUGGACGAAAGUAAGAAUUUUUAUGUACUGAAAAACUAAGUA